AUGACUGAAGUUAGGUUGAGGAAUAUUGUAGCUUUGGAGCAGUGUCAUUAUCCUUGUCAUCACUACCUCACUGACUACGUUGACUUCCUUGCUCAACUUGUCAACUCAAACAAGGAUGUGGAUGUCCUCAUAAAUGCUGGAAUAAUUGAGAGUACCAUAAGUGUUAAUGACAGUUCGGUGAAUAAGAUAUUCAGUGAUGUUGGGAAAAAUAUUCUAAUGGAAAAUUAUAAUGCUAAUUAUCUCCAAAUUUGUCAUGGUUUGAAUGCUUACUACAAGCAUCCUUGGCACACUAAAAUGGCAACUCUGAGACGCGAUUAUUUCACCACUCCAUGGAAGACAGCGACUUUCAUUGCUGGAAUUGCAUUGCUCCUUCUUAUUCUUAAUCAGACAGUAUGUUCUUGA